AUGCAGACAACAUACACAGACAAAGGCGAAAAGCAUGAGCAGGGCAAGUUUCUCUGCUUUGAUCACUUAACAUUCUGGGUUGGAAAUGCAAAACAGGCUGCAUCAUAUUACUGUAACAAGCUGGGAUUUGAGCCUUUGGCUUACCAGGGUUUGGAGACAGGCAGUCGCAAAGUGGUGUCCCAUGUAGUCAAACAAGACAAGAUCAUUUAUGUAUUCGCAUCUGCCCUCAAUCCUGGAAAUGAAGAGAUGGGAAGUCAUUUAGUCAAGCAUGGGGAUGGAGUGAAGGAUAUUGCAUUUACAGUGCAGGACUGUGACUUCCUUGUGCAGAAAGCCCGAGAGCGAGGUGCAGUUAUUGUAAAGGAGCCCUACACCCUGGAGGACAAGUAUGGUAAAGUCAGGCUGGCUGUGCUUCAAACGUAUGGUGACACCACACACACGUUUGUGGAGAGGACAGGAUACACUGGGCUGUUUCUGCCGGGCUUCCAUCCCUCUGUGUUCAAGGACCCUUUAUUAGCCAAACUACCAAGUGGAAAACUAAACUUCAUUGAUCACGUUGUGGGAAACCAGCCAGAUGAUGAGAUGGUUCCAGUGGUGGAAUGGUAUCAAAGAAACCUUCUCUUUCACCGCUUCUGGUCAGUGGAUGACAAGCAGCUGCAGACGGAGUUUAGUGCCCUGCGCUCCAUUGUUGUGGCAAACUACGAGGAGACUGUGAAGAUGCCCAUCAACGAGCCUGCCAUGGGGAAGAGGAAAUCUCAGAUCCAGGAGUAUGUGGAGUACUAUGGAGGUCCAGGAGUGCAGCAUAUAGCCAUGAACACAUCAGAUAUCAUCACUGCAAUUCGUAACCUGAAGGAGCGUGGGAUGGAGUUUAUGUCUGUGCCAGACACCUACUACGACAAGCUGAAGGAGAACUUGAAACACUCAAAGGUCAAGAUCUCAGAGGACCUGGAUGUCCUGCAGGAGCUGAAGAUCUUGGUGGACUACGACGACAAUGGCUAUUUACUUCAGAUCUUCACCAAGCCAGUCCAGGAUCGCCCCACUGUGUUCUUGGAAGUCAUUCAGAGGCAUAACCACCAGGGCUUUGGCGCAGGAAACUUCAAGGCUCUUUUUGAAGCCAUUGAAGGAGACCAGCAUGCUAGAGGAAAUCUGACUAUCCUGACACUAAAUGGAGAUUCAAAGAACAUGUGAUUGCCAGCAUUAUAACUGCCUCACAGUUAUAGAAAGUCUUAAUAAUUAUCAGCUGCUCCUAACAUCUGGACCACAUCAGCAGCUCCUAACA